AUAGAAAUUUUUUUGGAUAAACAGUAUUAAUUUAUCAGGCAAGGGACAAAUAAGAAGCAUGAUUAUAAACCAUCAAUUAGUAUGCCGAGUUGCAAGUAAGCUUUCCAUGGAAAUUAUUAGGGCCUAAAAUAGCUUACAACUUCCGUGGUUUCCUCCCUCUCCUCAACCCUACCACAUUUCAGGUCUAUAUAACAAGCCUCCUUCCAAAUCUACCUCUUCAUCUUUGUUUUGUCCUGCAGUGUUUCUCUUUCCAUCUGUCCUAGAGGAACAUCUGCAAAGAUUCUCUGUAUAAGCGAAAAUGGCACACAAACUCAUUGUUCUUGCUCUUGUCUUCGUUGCCAUUUUUGGGUUGGCUGCAGCCGCAGCACCUGCUCCUUCCACAACUGACCUGCCUGCAGGUGAGGCGCCUUUAAGCCAUGAUUUUAUCGGUACUAAUGACGGUGAUGCGGCUGGUGCACCUUCUGCUGAUGGUAGCACUGUUGUUCCAGGACCGAUGGGUAGUACUACAUUGGCUGGGGGUCCUGCUUCUGAAAAAGAUGGUGCCGCUACCCUCAAGUUCUCUGCCAUUGUUGGAGCUGCCGCUGUCGCUGGCUACUUCUUCUUCUAAGCUAGUUAACCAUAAAUCUAUAUAAUCCCUCGUCCAAGCUUUCAGGACUUGACAUGAAAAGUAUUGGCUUGAGGAGGUUAUAAGAAGACGAUUGAAAUGCGAAGUAGGAAUUUUACAGAGGGUUUCAAGUUGUAAGAGGAGAGAGAAUAAAAUGAAGUCCAGGGUAGGGAAAAUCUUUGUCAGAAAAUCAGAAAUUAGAUUUUCUUUCUCUUCUUCAAUACUUGAAAUCGCGGGUUGCCCUUUGAAGCCAUACUUGUUUUCCUCUAGUUUCUCCAACACGAUGAUCUGAGAUAGACAUUUUAUUAUUAACAACCACAAAUGAUUAACGUCGAAUCAAAAUCCAGAUCCAUUA